GUAAAAUCAAGUAAAAUGCCCGUAAAUAAAAAUUCCCAUAAUUCUAGUGGUAUAUUUGGUACUCCUGCAGAACCUUUGUUUAACAAUGACGAAAAUGGAAGUAGUGCAGAAAUCUUACAAGAUUGGUUAUUAAACAUGGCAGUUGUGAAUACAAAAGAAAUCAAGACAUCAUCUAGUAUUCAGAAUAUCUUUACCCACGGCAGUUGGUCUGAAUGUGUCUUCCUAAUGUGUGAUAGAUUUGAACUACCCUGUCAAGCUAAAUAUGCUGCUCUGGAAAUAUUUGAUAGGUUUAUGUUGAAACAUAUUCAAGACUUAUAUGAGCAUGUUCAGAAUACUAAAAGCACAAAGAAAAAAUGUGAUUGGGAGUGCAUUUUAGAACGAGUAAAAAACCAAGCUUUUUUACGUAUCUUGUCAUGCUGUCAAAUAGCUAGUAAACUGAGCUCACACUAUAAGGUGAUCACUGUUAAGAGAGCAAAGCGCUGUCUUUUAGAUGCUGGCUACAGCUAUUCUUGUGAAAGUAUAUUACAGUCAGAAAUGAGAGUUCUUAAAACUUUAUCUUUUAAUGUCUCAAGAACUAGCUGUCUUGACUUUAUAGAAAUACUGCUAGAAAUACUAGGACACAACACAAGUGGGGAAAAGUUUGAUGUGAAAGUGUAUCAUGAAACUGCAGUCAAAAUUCUGACCAUUAUAUGCUUACAUAGACACAAUAUUUAUGACAGAUUAUAUUUGACAACUGCUGGUGUAGCUGCUGGUGUUUUGGCCUCUUCUGAAGAGCAAAAUACUAAAUUAGCUGCAGUUAAAACUGAUAAAAUGCUUUUAUCAGCUGCUGUUGUAGCAACCGCUGUAAAUAUGAAUGACAGUUCAUUGACACAGGAGGUAAUUAUUCACUUGAAUAAAAUCAGUGAAGUACCAGUAGAAGAUAUUCGGGAUUUUAUGAAUGUUAUAAUAGAAAGCAUCAAACAAAAUAUUAGCUCUUUAAUGAAUUGGAGAGGAACAGAACAAUGCAAAUUUUGA